AUGAUACAGAAGAAGCUGUUCGCGUCGGACGUCGAUCCUUCGAAGGCUCGGUUGUCGAUCCCGCACAAGAAGCUGCUCCCCGGGGUUCUGAACGAGGAGGAAGAGGACGUGUUACGUGGGGCCCGCGGCGGCGACGAGGAGGUGGUGGGGAUGAAGGUGAAGCUGGUGGAUCCGUCGCUAAAGGUGUGGGAAGUGACGCUAAAGAGGUGGAACAUGCCUAAGAAGGGGAGCGGGGUGGUGAACUACAUCUACGUGCUGAGCUCGGCGUGGAACGACGUCGUUAAGGCGAACGGCUUGUUGGAGGGUGAGGUGGUUCGGUUGUGGGGGUUUAGGAUGGGCCGCGGGGACCCGGGCCGGCUCGGGUUGGCCUUGGUUCGGGUUGACCAGUUGGAAAGGUGA